AUGUCUUGGGUCGUCAGUCGUUCUCGUUUUAAACGAGAUAUCAAUAAACUCCCCAGCCACUUCAAGCAACAGUGGCUUAAACAGCAGGAAGCAACUUCUUUACCCACAUUCAAAGGGUUCUUUCCAGAAAAGUUACCCAGAUCACAACAAAAGACCAGAUUCGAGGCUGGUAUCACUGAAGGGGACUUGGCUUAUGUGACGGAAGGAAAGCACAAAGGCAAAAUAGCGGAAGUUUUGGCUUAUAGUCCUGAAUUUGAUGCUGUUUCCUUGUCCAAUAUUUCAACGAAAAAGCUUUUACCUAAACCGUUCUGGCCAGAGGGUCAAACAUCGUAUGUGUACGAUUUUCCCGAUUAUAUACCAAGGAGCAAAGUGAGGGUAGUUGGUAAGAAUAAAGAAGAUGGAAAAAUUUCGUAUAUGGUUGCAGAGGAAGUGGUAAUGGGGAAACCUUACUACGAUGAUAGGUAUAAAAAAUGGAUUCCCGAGAGAUAUAUAAAACACCACGAUUAUUUGUUGCCAUGGCCAACUCCUGCAAAAAUUAAUGAAGGAGAAUUAUCUACACCAGAAAACAUAGCUACAGAAAGGACCUUUGAAUUUACAACGAUUGGAAAAUCGUCGAUACCUAUAGAAUUGGUUAAUCAAUUGCGUAAUCCAUACAGCAGGUACAAGAAGAGGGAGCUCAAUGGGUUGCAAGUUGCAAAACUCAAUGGCCCUGAAAUGCCAUUAACGAUUGAGCAAAAGAUCUGGUUGGCUAAACAAGCUGAGAAACCAAAGAAGAAGUUGUACCCAUUAUCGGAGGAAGUCAAAGAAUUUAUUGGAUCUAGAAUGGCAGAGCAUAUGAAUAAAAUUGAGAGUCCUGAAUUGCGCCAUCACUUGGAAGUUUUAUCUAAAGUGAAAAUACCGGACUUUGAAAAGACAUUGAAGAUUAUUGAGGAGACAAAGAAAGAGGAGAGUGCAUUGGGUGAAGAGAGUGGAGUCUAA